AUGUCUACAGCUGUAUACUACACUCACAAUAUGCCUGGUGAUGAUUUAACAAGACAGAAUAACGGUACCACUGCCACUACCAACAACACGUUACCCUCGCUAGCUCAAAUUAUGCCACCUCGUAACCAACAACAACAACAACAACAACCUCAAGAUGGUUCGGCUGCUUCUGCUGCUGCUGUUAUUGGUAAUGGUUACUACCCUCAACAACAAUCAUAUGUACAAGAUGCAUACUCCCAAGUAUCAACUUCCCAAACCACCCCAUCUGUAUCGUACACAGACCCUAACACCACCAUUACAGGUAAACCCAAAACUGACAGCUCAACUCGUUCAUCAGUAUCUUCAUCCGCUAACAACAACACUUCUCCCACUGAUGCUAAUGGUGCACCUCAAUGUAUAUGUAAAGCCAAAGGCAACAAGAUCCCACGUCCAAGAAAUGCAUUCAUCUUGUUUAGGCAAAAAUACCAUCAGGCUAUUUUGGACGAAGGUUCAGUCAUACGUUCCAACCCUGAAGUUUCUCGUGAAUUGGGUAGAAGAUGGAGAGCUUUACCUGCUGCCGAAAAGGAACAUUGGAAUAAAUUGGCUGAAGAUGAAAAGAAAAACCAUGCGUUGAAGUACCCCAACUACAAGUAUGAGCCAAAGAGGAAUGGUAAGAAUAAAAAUUGUUUGGUUUGUAAGGAUAAACCAACUGCCAAACAACUAGCCAAACAACAGCAACAGCAACAGCAACAGCAACAACAACAACAACAAGCUACUGCUGCGGUCCAAUCACAGCGUCAUCAUUCAGAGGCUGCUCUUGCUGCUGCUGCCGCACAACAACAAAUGUUGCAACACCAACAACAAAUACAACAACAGGCACAACAACAACAACAACAAGCCGCACAACAACAAGUACAAGCCACCCAAGCUGUUCAACAACAACAACACGAUCAAUAUCAAAACUACUUCAAACAACAACAAUUGAACAAUUUACAAGGAUACCCAAGCUAUAUCAUCUCAAACACCAAUCCAUACUUGCAAAACUCAUCAACAUCCUUGGCAUCAUCAUCAUCAACUGGUAACUUACCACUUCCUGGUGCAGCAACCAAUAGUGUUGGAGCCCCCAGUACUGCUGCUUCAUCAAUGGGAUUUUAUGAUCAAGAGAAACUAUCACCAUUGUCUGCCACCACAUACACCAACAAUAAUAAUAGUACUAGCGGUAUAGCUAAUGUGCAUGCUGCAGGUAUGCCCUUCUCAUUGCCACAACAACAACAACAACAACAGGCACAAUUACACCAUCCUGGUGUAGUUGGUGGAGUUCCAAUUGGUGUAGCAGAGUAUCAAUUACAAGGUGCACAUCCUCAACAACAUCAACAACAACAAUCACAUGCGCAAGGAUAUGGUUUAGAUGCAUUUCAUCAACAGUAA